AUGCUGUUGAGCCUUCGUCUUUACAGAAGGGUGGAAACGGCUGCUGAACCUCCAGUCCAGGAGGAGGUUUCCAUCUAUUUCUCUGAGGCAGAGUGGGCCCUGCUGGAUCCAGGACAAAGAGCUCUGUACAAGGACGUCAUUCUGGAGAACUAUGGGAAUGUGGCCUUUCUUGAAGCCAGAACUGUGGUGGAGACAAAGAAGGGCCUCGUGUCCAAAAAAAGGCAGGAGAGUUCCUCAAGAGAUUCCCAAGAGCAUAUUUCCUUCCGAAAUAAGCUGGCUGAGAAUGCUUCAGAUUCGCACCUCAGGCCACGAUUGAUUCCCAUGAGUAAACCCAACCCACUUCAGUCCAAGAGCCAGAGUGCUGGGUUAUGGCUUGGUGGAUCUGGGUUCAAAUCCACAGUAGGCCUGGAAGCUCUUUGGAUGCCUUUUAGUCAGUGACGCUCUCAGGCGAACACACCUUGCAAGAAUUAAAUCCUUGUGGAGGAGGUGUCUUUGAA